AUGCAUUUCCUUCUUUCUUUCUAUUUUUCUUUUCUAUUUUGCUCUAUGAAUUUCCUUCUUCCUUUUCUUUUUCUAUUUCUCUUUCUAUUUUUUGCUCUAUGCAUUUCCUUCUUUCUUUCUUUCUAUUUUUCUUUCUAUUUUGCUCUAUGCAUUUCCUUCUUCCUUUCUUUCUAUUUUUCUUUCUAUUUAGCUCUAUGCAUUUCCUUCUUUCUUUCUAUUUUUCUUUCUAUUUUGCUCUAUGCAUUUCCUUCAUUCUUUCUAUUUUUCUUUCUAUUUUGUUCUAUGAAUUUCCUUCUUCCUUUCUUUCUAUUUUUCUUUCUAUUUUGCUCUAUAAUUUCCUUCUUCCUUUCUUUCUAUUUUCUUUCUAUUUUGUUCUAUGAAUUUCCUUCUUUCUUUCUUUCUAUUUUUCUUUCUAUUUUUUGCUCUAUACUUUUCCUUCGUUCUUUCAUUCUAUUUUUCUUUCUAUUUUGCUCUAUAAUUUCCUUUUCCUUUCUUUCUAUUUUUCUUUCUAUUUUUUUCUAUGAAUUUCCUUCUUUCUUUCUUUUAUUUUUCUUUCUAUUUUGCUCUAUGCUUUUCCUUCGUUCUUUCAUUCUAUUUUUCUUUCUAUUUUGCUCUAUGAAUUUCCUUCUUCCUUUCUUUCUAUUUUUCUUUCAAUUUUGUUCUAUGAAUUUCCUUCUUUCUUUCUAUUUUUCUUUCUAUUUUGCUCUAUGCUUUUCCUUCGUUCUUUCAUUCUAUUUUUCUUUCUAUUUUGCUCUAUGA